CUAAAAUCUUUAUUGUUCACAAUCUUUCUGAUUAAAAGUCGGAGUCAGCACCACGUCGGUAUCUUUAUCUGUUCUCAGAACCCAAUACUUCCCAGAAAUCCAUUUAUGGGGUAAUAAUAUAUAUAAGUUUCAUGUAUAUUAGGAGCCAUUUGUUUUCUGGGAUUUGUUGGGUUUCUCUUGUAGACAUCUUGGAAUUUGAUUUAUGGGAUUCUUGGGUUUCUUUGGGAGGUGUUGAGAGUUUUGGGUUGUGGCUUUACAUUGCAUUUGGCAGUUGAUUGGUGGUUGGGAAUCAGAGGUGGGAUUUGGUGUUUUACUUCGUGGGUUUUAUUGGAAUUCGAAACAAAGGUUGGAAUUUGGAAGGCUGUGCUUAGUUUUCUUUGAUCAAGUUUUCUGGGUGAAGCGACUGGAAUAGAGGUAUUUGAUCUGUGGGGUCUUGAGUUUCAUUAGUCAUGGUAAUUUUGGGGGUCUGAUUUGGAACCCAUUUAGCUGUUGAGUUGGAGGUGUUUGGGAAAUUGAGUUUGAGAUCAAAAUAUGUUCUUUGGCAUUUCAUUUCAGAUAUAUUUGCUGUAGCUUUUUAUUCUUGCUUCUAUUAUCCUUCAACUUUGUACAUUGAGCAAAACUCAGGUGUAACAAAACCAAUCAUUUGGACAGAGAAUAUUUUGUAGUUUAACCAGGAUAUGGAUAUUAGUAGUGAAGCCAAUGUUGAUUUUUUUCCAAUUGGACCUUCAACCGUUAUUGGGAGGACAAUUGCUUUCAGAGUUUUAUUCUGCAAGUCAAUGUCACAUUUAAGGCAUCAAAUAUUUCAUGCGGUGUGGCAUCUCAUCUUCAGAUUUAAGGACAUUUUCAUACCCAUGAUAUCAUGGUUGCAUCCGAGAAACCCAAAAGGGAUAUUGGCAAUGGUGACUGUAAUUGCCUUUUUGUUGAAACGGUACACAAAUGUAAAGCUGAGGGCUGAAAUGGCUUAUAGGAGGAGUUUUUGGGGAAAUAUGAUGAGAAGUGCAUUAACCUAUGAGGAGUGGGCUCAUGCUGCUAAGAUGCUUGAUAAAGAGACCCCAAAGAUGGACGAAUGUGACCUAUAUGAUGAAGAACUGGUUAGGGACAAGCUUAAAGAGCUCCGCCACAGACGCCGGGAGGGAUCACUGAGGGAUAUUAUCUUUUGCAUGCGAGCUGAUCUUAUCAGAAAUCUUGGUAAUAUGUGCAAUCCUGAGCUUCACAAGGGUAGGCUUCAAAUGCCCAAACUCAUAAAGGAAUAUAUCAUAGAGGUCUCAACUCAGUUAAGAAUGGUUUGUGAUUGGGAUUCAAAGGAGCUAUCGUUAGAAGAGAAGCUUGCUUUUGUAAAUGAAACAAGAUAUGCCUUUGGGAGGACAGCAUUGCUUUUAAGUGGGGGUGCCUCUCUUGGAGCUUUUCAUGUUGGUGUGGUUAGAACACUGGUAGAGAAUAAGCUUUUGCCCAGGAUAGUUGCUGGUUCUAGUGUAGGAUCCAUUAUGUGCGCUGUGGUUGCCACUAGGUCUUGGCCUGAGCUGCAAAUUUUUUUUGAAGAUUCUUUGCACUCGUUGCAGUUUUUUGAUCAGAUGGGUGGGAUUUUCACAGUCGUGAAGAGAGUAAUGACACGAGGGGCUGUGCAUGAGAUCAGGCAGUUGCAGAUGAUGUUAAGGAAUCUAACUAGUAACCUUACAUUCCAAGAAGCUUAUGAUAUGACAGGCAGAGUUCUUGGGAUAACAGUUUGCUCCCCAAGGAAACAUGAGCCGCCUAGAUGCCUCAAUUACUUGACUUCACCUCAUGUUGUAAUAUGGAGUGCAGUGACUGCUUCUUGUGCCUUUCCUGGCCUCUUUGAGGCUCAGGAACUGAUGGCUAAGGACAGAAGUGGAGAGAUUGUUCCUUACCAUCCACCAUUUAAUUUUGAUCCUGAGGAGGACCCUGGCACACAUGUGCGUCGGUGGAGGGAUGGUAGCUUGGAGAUUGAUUUACCUAUGAUACAAUUAAAAGAGCUGUUUAAUGUGAAUCAUUUUAUUGUCAGUCAGGCAAAUCCUCACAUUGCACCACUAUUGAGGCUGAAGAAAUUGGUGAGAGCUUAUGGAGGCAACUUUGCUGCCAAGCUUGCCCAUCUUACCGAGAUGGAGGUGAAACAUAGAUUCAACCAGAUGUUGGAACUUGGUUUUCCUCUGAGGGGAGUUACCAAGCUGUUUGCUCAAGAUUGGGAGGGUGAUGUCACCAUUGUUAUGCCUGCUACGCUUUCUCAGUACUUGAAACUUAUACAAAACCCAACUUAUGUCGAUCUUCAAAAGGCAGCAAACCAAGGGAGGAGGUGCACUUGGGAGAAGCUUUCGGCCAUAAAAGCGAACUGCGGCAUUGAGCUUGCUCUUGAUGAGUGCGUUGCUGUUCUCAACCACAUGCACAGACUGAAAAGGAGUGCUGAGAGAGCUGCUUCUUCUUCUCAUGGCCUAGCCAACACAGCCAAAUUCAGUGCCUCAAAAAGAAUUCCUUCUUGGAACUGCAUUGCACGAGAGGUUUCAGUAGGCUCCAUUGAAGAAGACUUCCUCACUGAUGUUGCUUCCUCGUUCCAUCAAGAAGUUAGUGCAUCCACAAGAGGACAACAUUCUGGCAAAAAUUUGCGAAGCCAUGGAAGUGAUAGUGAAACCGAAAACGUUGAUUUCGAUUCGUGGACAAGAUCAGGCGGGCCCUUGAUGAGGACUAUUUCAGCUGACAAGUAUAUUGAAUCUAUCCAAAAUGUGGGCACUGAUGCUAACAAUCAAUUUUGCCAUAGUCCAAAGGUGACAUCACCAGAUAAAAGUUCAGAAAGCACUGAGAUUGGAUAUGGAUUUUCUGCAGAUGGUUCCAGCAUAAUAGUAACUGAAGGUGAUCUCCUCCAAACUGAAAGAAUCCAUAAUGGGAUUGUGUUCAAUGUUGUGAAGAAAGAAUCCUUAACGAGGUCAACUAGGAGUCUUGAUAUGGAAAGUUUCAACAAUGAUGUUCCUGAAUGUCUGCAACUUGACUGUCCAGAAAAUGAGAUCGAUGCUAGCUCUACAUCUGACCAUGGUGAUGAUAACGUCACUGUGACAAGUUGCCUUAACGGACCAGAUCCAGAUCCCACCUUCAUGGAUCAUUCUGGCAUAGAUGAUGGCAUCAAUCACUGAUUUGUGGAUGGUUAAUUUUGAGAACCAUUUUGCUUUAUUGAAUGUGUAUAAAAAUUGGAUUCAGUGAUCACUAAAUUAGAGUUAAUCUGAAAAUUAGCUUAA